AUGAUCGCCUGUUUUGUCAAGAAGCAUCAAGCUAUAGCAGGAAUUUCAAGGAAAUCUGUGAUUCCUAAUAUUUUGCUUCUUUUUAUGUUUAUCUAUUUUGUCAUUUAUACAAUAAGUGUCACAGGAAUUUAUGCGACGUUGAAUGUUCCAGAAGAUGAAAAAUUUGAACUUGUGAAGAAGAAAUACCCAACAUAUCUCGAAGGCUUCCGCUCUCUUCCCAACUUCUCUAUUUACGAUCCAUCCGGAUAUUUCGUCAAAUUUGUGAUCUACUCAUUGGUUGGAGGAAUCGCGGCGUUUUUUACACUAGUAUUGGUGCUUCUGAACAUUUCCAGAAUGUUAAGGAUUCUGAAGACAAAAAUGUCGGCGUCAACCUAUCAGAAGCACAAAUCCGCGAUUUUUUGUCUUUUGGCACAGUUUUCCACGUCGUCAGUUAUAUUUUUGCCGCCGAUAUUUUUUGUUUUUGUGAUUCUGAUGGGGGCAAAUGGAGCACAGUGCCAAAAUGGUAAGUGGCCAAGAAAUGGCUUGAUGAUGACACUGGCGACCACUGCAAAUUGCCUAAGAAUACCUGAUAUUCAUUUGGAUGGUUUUCUAGGUCACUUACCGUGGUGGCCUAACUUUCGCAAGUUGAGUUUUCUAGGCCAGUUGCUAUUGUGGCCUAACUUUUGCAGUAAUCGUCGAAUACCUGCUUGUCAUUGCUUGCUCCCACUCGACACUGAACGUAGUAGUGCUGAUAAUCACCUUUCCACCGUAUCGAAAAUUUGUAGGAACCAAAUUCUUUGGGAUCAAAAAAACUGGAAGUCGCUUCAGUCUGUUCACCAACAAGCAGAGUGUUUGUGGAGUGGUCAGUCUGGGAUAAUUAUCAAUUUUGGAAAACUUUAUUUUCCAAAAUCUUCAAAUGAAUUAUAUGUAAAAACCUUUGUCAAAUCGAGAAAAUUCAGAAAAUUAUUAAUUUUUAUUUUUUGGGUCCACACUUGUUUUGCAAACAAAAACAGUGCCCUUAACUUGCAGACAAACGAAAAACACUUGCAAAUUGAAGAUACUUGGCAACAUCUCAAAACUUCGAAAAACGUCCUCUGGGACUUCUACUACAUUUACGAGCAGCGUUGGGCGCAUAUCUACAUGGAUCAGUUGAUGGAAUUGACCGGCAAGACCGAGAGACAGGUCAGCGACAUUCUGCAGUAUUACCGUUCAAUUGACUACCAACAUGGGAUCAGGAUUCCAUGUCAAAAAUACACACCAACUCAGACUUACUAUCUCAAGAAGGCUUAUCGGGAAUCGAGAUAUGCUGGAAAGGACAAGACAACUUAUUUGGUCAAAAAGACGCGGCUCUUGAGGAAUCAG